AUGGCUUCAACUCUCAACGGCGCUUCGGAGAGCCCUCCGAAUGGCGCCACCAAUGGAGCCGUAGCCGGUGCUCCCAAGAGCAAGCGCUUCUCCGACAUUCCUUCCACAAUUGACAUCCCGGUCCAGGAUCAAGACGAUGAGGCUGUGGAAAUCGACCUUGAGGAGCUCGCCGAUGAUCCCACAGAGCUCUGCACUCUCUUUGAGAUGGAGCAUGCUGCCCGCACAUACUGGAUGACGGUCGCGCUGGCGUACGCGAAGCAGAAGAAGAUUGAUUUUGCCAUCGAGAUGCUCAUUCGCGGCGCCAAUGCUAUGCAGGCCAACCAACGCGAGAAGCUGAGCAUCAUCACCUGUCUGUGCUGGAUGUAUCUGUGGAAGAGCAGAGAGGCUCCGAGAGUGGCCCCCGAGGGCUCGCUGGUUUCUGAGGCAAAAACAAAGGAAUACUACCUGCAGCAGGCUACACAGAGUCUGAACGAGGCUUCGCGCAUCAAUCCCGCCUUCCCUCCGCUGUUCUUGGCCCGCGGCGUCCUGAUCCUCUUGAGGGCCUCUCUCCAGCCACCCUCGAAAGCUCCCGGGGCGGUUGACGCACACAAGUCAGAGCAGCUGCGCAACGCGCUCAAGUCGUUUGAAGAAGCCAUUCGAGUAUCCCAGGGGAAGAAUAUGCUGGCGGUGAUGGGCAAGGCGCGCGCCCUGUUUUCCCUUGGCAGGUAUGCAGAGUCACUGGCUGCUUACCAACAAGUUCUGUCCAAGAUGCCGGACCUUGUGGACCCGGAUCCGCGGAUCGGCAUUGGUUGCUGCUUCUGGCAGCUCGGUUACAAGGACGACGCCAAGAUUGCGUGGGAGCGAUGUCUCGAGAUCACCCCCGAGUCGAAAUACGCAAACAUCCUGCUUGGCCUCUACUAUUUGGACGCCAGCGGCCACGUUCCAACUCACAGCCCAGAAUUUAUCCGAUUAUACAAGAAGGCCAUGACCGAAUACACCCAAAAGUCGUUCAAACUCGACAAGAACCACCCGCUGACAUGCGCGACGUUUGCCGGCUAUUUUCUCUCCCGGAAGCAAUUCUCGAACGUUGAAGCUCUGGCCCACAAGGCGAUUCAGUACACAGACGUCAAUGCCAUUGCGAGCGAUGGCUGGUACCUUCUCGCCCGGAAAGAGCACUACGCUGGCGAACUGGAGCGCGCCACCGACUACUACCGGCGCGCCGACGAUGCCAGGGGAGGUGCCGAGCGCGGCUAUUUGCCCGCAAAAUUUGGCGUAGCUCAGCUAUCCGUGAUGAGGAAUGAUCUCGGAGAGGCCAAGCUUCGGCUCGAGAAGAUGAUCCAGCAGUCCAAGAACUACGAAGCCAUGAUUCUGCUUGGCACUCUGUACGCCGAAGAGGUGUUUGCCAAUCAGACGGCCGCCGUCAAGGAAGACAAAUCUACCGAGGCUAAGACUGCCAUCGGGCUCCUAGAGGGCGUCCGUGCCGCUUGGAAAGAUCCCAAGAAGAACCUGGCCCCGGAUGCGGCCGUUCUGCUUAACCUUGCGCGUCUGUACGAGAAUGAGAACCCGGAGAAGGCGCUGCAAUGUCUUCAGCAAGUUGAGCAACUGGAGAUCGAGCAAAUUCCUCAAUCCGAGUAUCCCGCCGACACGGAAGACGAGGCGGCGAUCCGCUCCGCCAUCCGCAAACUCCUGCCACCACAACUCCUUAAUAAUAUCGCUUGCUUCCACUCGCAGGAUGGGAAGCAUGCGCUUGCUACCGAGCUGUUUCAGGCUGCCCUCGACUCAUGUGCGCGCAUCAGCCAGAGCGAGAGUGAUGUGGACACCGAUGCGCUUCUUACGACGAUCUCGUUCAAUCUUGGUCGGAGUUACGAGUACGAAGGCGCCGUUGACAAGGCUGUUGAAACGUACGAGCGCUUGUUGAGCCGCCACAGCGACUACACCGACGCGCGGACAAGACUGGCUUAUAUCACGCUGCGGAAGAACCCUAGCAAAGAAGGGCCGGAUGCGGUGGCCAAGCUCUACCAAGAGAAUCCCUCUGACCUUGAAGUCCGUGCCCUUUACGGGUGGUUCCUAGGCAAGGUGAAUUCCAAGAAGAGGCCGGCGAACAUCGCCGAAGACCCCGAGCAGCGGCACUACAAGCAUACGCUGCAGAACUAUGACAAGCACGAUCGCUAUGCCCUCGUCGGCAUGGGAAACCUGCACCUGAUGUCGGCUCGUGAGAUGCGUCGCGAGACAGAGCAAGACAAGCAGAAGCGGAGUGCCGCGUACAAUCGUGCCGUGGAGUUCUUCGACAAGGCGCUCCAACUCGACCCAAAGAACGCCUACGCGGCUCAAGGUAUUGCCAUUGCACUGGUGGAGGACAAGAAAGACUACAAGAAUGCCUUGCAAAUCUUCAUCAAGGUCCGCGAAACCAUCAAUGACGCCCAUGUGUACGUCAACCUAGGCCACAUCUACGCCGAGCUUCGACAGUUCACCAAGGCUAUCGAGAGUUACGAGAUUGCUUUAUCCAAGGAGGGCAAAGCGAAUGAUGCCGGCAUCCUCUCCUGCCUCGGGCGCACCUGGCUCAACAAGGGCCGCGCUGAGCGCAACCUUGACGCCCAUAAGAUGGCGCUAGAAUACGCCGAAAAGGCACUCGCCGUAGCUCCCGAACAAGUACACUUCAAAUUCAACGUCGCGUUCGUGCAAAUCCAGCUCGCCACAACGAUAAAUUCGUUGCGCGACAGCGAACGCACCUCCUUCCAGCUCGAGCAGGCCGCCGAGGGCCUCGAAGCCGCCAUCAAGGCCCUCGACGAAAUUGCCGCCUCUCCCUCCCCGCCUUACCCUAAACACGACAUCGAGCAGCGCGCCAACAUGGCACGCAACACGCAGCGGAAGCAGCUCGAGCGGGCGCUGGCGAGCCAGCGUGAGUACGAGGCGCGCAACAAGGAGAAGCUUGCGGCGGCGCUGGAACAGCGCCAGGCCGCACUGCGGAAGCGCGAGGAGGAGAGGCGUGCCGCUGAGGAGGCCGAGCGCGAGCGCCAGGAGAAGAUCCGCCGCGAGCGCGAGGAGAUUGCCGCGCGCGAUCGUGCCCUGGCCGAGCAGCGCGCCGAGGAGGAGCGGCAGCGCAUGGAGGCCGAGAUGACGACUGAUAGCGAGACGGGCGAGAAGGUCAAGCGCAAGAAACGCGCCGCCGGGCGGAAGGAUCGGGAACGCUCGGGCGAGCCUGACAAGGAACGAGGCGGCAAGUCCAGGGCCAGAAGGAGGAAGAAGAAGGGCGCCGAUACGGAUGCUGACGAGGAUGAGUCCGCCGCCGAUGGCGAGGGCCGCCGCCGCCCGCCCAAAAAGAGGCGGCGCUUGUCGGACAGGAAGAAGGAACCUGCCGGCAAGUACAAGUCGGCCGAGAUUGUGGUCGAUAGCAGCGAGAGUGACGAAGGGGGAGGUGAGGACGAGCUCGAGCGCGCUGAGAGGGCCAUUGAGAGGAGAGAGGGGGCGUCGGGGACCCAGACGCCCGCCUCUGGAGAUGACGAGGAAGGGGGCAGUGGUAACGAGCGCGAGGCGCGCAGGCGGGAGAAGAGACUUCGUCAGCGGAGACGGGAGAGGCAAGAGGAAUCUGAUGAGGAUCUUGAUGAUAAUGCGGCUGGUGCUGCUGACAGGAUGGAUGUCGAUGAGGGUGGCGACCGGGAUCAGGGCGGUGGUGGUGGCCAAGGUGGAGAUGACGAGGAAGAUGAAGAGGAGACUGUUGCGCGCCGCCCGCAGGCGAAGAGGUCGCGCCGCGGCAGGAUUGUGGACGAAAGCGAUGAGGAGGAGGAAGAGGCGCCGGAGCCGGAGACAGAGCCGGCUGGUGAUGCGCCUACGCCUGCGGCCGCGGCGGAUACCAGCAUGGCUGAUGCGGAUGAGGUGGAGGAGGAGUGA